CACCCCCUUCCAGCCCAUGCCCGUGAUUAAAAUCACGCACUGAUGCUCAGCUGCAUCGUCGAGGCUUGCGGUAGAUUCUUCAAUGUAAUGAGACAUCCCGAAAGAAUUGAGGAGGUUAUUCGUCGAGGUGUCGAUCUUUUGGGGCUCGGCGCUGGCACUAUUCAUUGCUACCUACGUCGCAUGGAGCCUCCUUGCCUAUUUUCAAUCUCCCCUGCGUCGAUACCCUGGGCCUUUCUUUGCGAAAUUUACCAAUCUCUGGCGGAUUACCAUACACUGCGUGGCGAUAUCCACCUAGUCAACCUUCGCACGCAUCGAAAGUAUGGCCCUGUGGUCAGAACAGGACCAAAUAAUCUGGACCUCGAUGUGCCCAGCUUGGUUAAGACCAUCUACACUACAGACCACAAGUGGCUGAAAACGGAAUUCUACAAACCAACGAGCAACGUCGUCAACAGAGAACCUAUGCCCAAUCUUCAGUCUCAUCGACCCGGCCGAACAUGCAAGGCAGAAGAAGCCUGUAGCCCAGCACUAAUCGAUGACAAGUGUGCUUCAGCUAGAGCCACACUUUGAUGAAGCCAUUCGACUGCUGUGCUGUCAGCUUGAAGGGCGUUUUAUGCACAGAUGGGUUCACAAUCGCUGUGAAUUCAGUUUCGAAUUCGACUUGGGGCAAUGGAUCAAAAUGUACGCAUGGGACGCCAUUGGCCAGAUCACUUUCAGCAAACGCUUUGGAUACCUCGAAGCAGGCAAAGACUUUGAUGGGCAUCUAUGGUUAUCCGAGAUGGGGUCUGACUACCUUGCCGGCGUCAGCCAGUUGCCCAUCCUUGAUCGCUGGCUCGACAAGAACCCCAUCAUACCAAUCGGCGGUGCAACCGUGCUACUGGGACCGACACUACAAUGCGUGAAAGAUCGAUUUCAGGGUCGAGACCAAGCCACCCACGAUGAAAGCAAGCCUGACUUUCUAGACAAGUUCAUCCAGGCGAGCUCUGAGAAUCAUGAUGUUGUCGACGGCAGGCAGAUUGUCAGCUACCUUGCCAUCAACAUGCUUGCUGGGGCUGAUACGACCGCGAUUACCAUCAAGGCGGUACUCUAUUACGUACUGCGUACGCCUGGUGUGCGGGCGAAAUUAGAGGCCGAGAUUCUGGCCACGGAGUUCUCAAGACAGCAUAAUGUACCACCAGCGCAGCACCCCGACCAAACAAGUCAAAUAUGGGUGUCGGAUUUGGUUGUUUGGUCCUAUUUGCAAAUAUUUGACUUGUUUAGUUAG